UUCGGCUGAUGAAAAUUUGACUUGUGUUUCCUUUACACAAGCUAGUUAUCAUCAUAGAUAUACAUAUAUAUAAAGGCCUUUAUAUAUAUUGUUAUCAUGCUAGUCUUAAAACGGUGUAUUAGUUUUACGUCAUUUCUAAAAAUGGAGCUCCCACUUAGCCUGGUAUUGCGGUGUUAUUACGGUCGGUUACCCGGCGUGUCUGUGUUUCAGUGUCGCAGCAGGAGGACAGUAUCUUCACUCAUCCGUCAGUGUUUCCUACCUGCUCACGGAUGUGAAACUCGAUUCAGCUGCCAUAGAGGACUCUCAUCGUCACCGCCUGUCAGAGAGAAUGUUGGGAAAAUCCAGUCAACACACUAUCAUCUCAUCUACACGUGCAAGGUUUGCUCCACCAGGUCCACGCAGAAAAUUUCUAAACUGGCUUACCACAAGGGUGUAGUGAUAGUGACAUGCACGGGAUGCAAGAAUCAUCAUGUCAUCGCUGACAACCUCAACUGGUUUUCAGACCUAGAGGGGAAAAGAAACAUUGAGGAAAUCCUUGCUGCCAAAGGAGAGAAGGUGAAGAAGGUUGAAGGAAGCGAUGCUUUGGAGAUAAUGGCGGAUGAAUGCAGCAGAGAUGAGACACAGCAAAGGGACCACUUGGAAAAAUUAGCCAGUAAUCCAGACAAAGCAAAAGAAUGACUCUGGGAAAUAAUAUAAUGCUGUUUGUUAUUGUACAUUCUCUUUGUGAGGUACAUAUGUUUAAAUUUAUAAUAAAUACAUUUUCUUUUUUUAGUCA